AUGAUCUGUCAGUUCACUCACGAUCCGGAAAAGGAUGGACGGGAUGACCAUCUCUCAGCAGUUGAAAUGAGAAAAUCAGUCCAUAAAUCUGCUGAGGCUGUAGAUCCUCCAUUUCCUAGCCUCAGGCCCGCCAUCAAAGCGCAGCGUCCUUGGGACCGUGACACGCCCGCAUGA